AUAUUUACUAUCAACUAUAUUUCCUGCAUGCAAGACAUCAUGGGCCAGCCCGGCGCCACCUGAGAUCCCUCCCAUAUACUUACUCUACUACUACUAUUAUUACUACUCUACUGCUGUCCUGCUCGAGCCUCGACGACGCAGAUGCAGUAAUCUCCUACCGCCACUAGAUCUCACUCGGUAUUCUUCCUCAUCGCUGCUGCAUACUGACUGUUGGCCUUCUUUUCCGCAUUCGUGAACACUGCUGCUGCUGCUGCCUGCGAUGGAGCUCAAUGAUGUCAACAUGGAAGCCAGGGACGUCGAUGCCUUCUCCGACGACUCUGGCUACGAAGAGGGCUACCUCUCCACCGAAUCCGUCGCUUCCAGCAUUUUUGACUACGAAGAGGAAAACGGCAGAACCUACCAUGCGUUUCGGCGGGACAAGAGAUAUGCUCUGCCCAACGACGAGUCCGAACAGGAGCGAAUGGACAUCACCUACCACAGCAUGCGUCUGACGCUCGAGGAGAAGCACUGGCAUUGUCCCGUGCAACAUCCUCGCAUGAUCUUAGACGUGGGCACGGGCACGGGAAUUUGGGCCAUAGACGUAGCAGACGAUCAUCCGUCCGCCCAAGUCAUCGGAAUCGACUUGUCACCAAUUCAACCCACUGCAGUCCCUCCGAAUCUCGAAUUUCAAGUCAUGGACGCCGACGAGCCUUGGACAUUCAGCCAGCGCUUCGACUUCAUCCACACGCGACUCAUGAACGGCUUCUCCCUCAAAUCUUGGGACAUGUUCUACUCUCAAGCAUGGAAUAGCCUCGAGCCCGGAGGCUGGGUGGAAAACCAAGAAUUCGACCUUCAAUUCGCUUCCGACGAUGGCACCAUGCCCGCCGACAGCGCCGUGCAACGCUGGGAAGACCUCUGGCAGCAAGGAAUUUCCAAUUUCGGCUUAACGGGACGCUGCUAUCCAACUGUUAUGAAGCAGAAAAUGGAAGCUGCCGGCUUCAUCAACUGCGCCAUCAAACCUUUUAAAAUCCCCGUGGGACCUUGGCCGAAAGAUAAAAGACUUCGGCAAGCGGGUUUACUCUUCCUCGUCGGGCUGCUCGACGGGCUCAGUGGCUUGAGUGUGAGAACGUUUACGAUGGGAUUGGGAUGGAGUGUGCCCGAGAUGGAAGUCUUGCUCAUGGAAGUACGAAAUGAGUGGAAGAAGAAGGCUUACCAUACGUAUUGUCCAUUAUAUAUCGUCUAUGGUCAAAAGCCAUAUGACGCUACAACGUGAAGAGAGGACGAAGGAGAGACGGAAAUGAUAUGAUAUGAUUUGAAGCGAUUCUUUUCUUAGCGAAUGCUGUACUUUUUCACAUGUGAUGUACACACAGACAAAUUGUUGUGACGAGCGAGCGAGGAAGUAGAUGCACGCAAAUAUCGCGUACGAGACGAAAAUGCAAAGAAGAGCUUCUGUGUUGGAUGCAGCCUUCCUUGUAUGGAGGUAACUUUCUGCAGGUACCUACCUAGCAAAGUGGCAGGAGAGCGACUUUGCAACUUCCGAUUGGCAUUCGCACUAUCUAAAGUGAAAAUUCUG